GUAUCUCCGUGCCUCCACCGGCGGCGACACUCAGAGAGGAGAUGGCGGCCAGAGGGGGGUUUCAGUCGGCUCCUACUGGAGGUGGUGGAGGUGGUGUAGGAGCAAUGGGACCAGGACCACCGGUACCGGGCGCAGGACCACCAGGCAUGGGCCCCGGGACUCCUUCUGGACGGAUGGUUCCGUCGUCGGCGGCGCAGAACCACAUGUACCGCUCCCCGCUGCCCGGGCCCGGCUACCCGAGACCAGGCAUGCCUCCAUCCAACCGCAUGACCCCGCAGGGACCAGCCAUGGGACCCCCAGGAUAUGGCAACAGCCCAGUGUCUCGCCCUGUGAUGCCUGGCGUGAUGGACCCGUCUCGCAAGAGGCCCGCCCCCCAACAGAUCCAGCAGGUUCAGCAGCAGAACCGCAACCAGCACACAAAGAAGAAGAAGAUGGCUGAUAAAAUUCUACCUCAGAGGAUCAGGGAACUCGUCCCAGAGUCUCAGGCUUACAUGGAUCUGCUGGCUUUUGAGAGGAAGCUGGAUCAAACCAUCAUGCGCAAGAGGCUGGACAUUCAGGAGGCCCUCAAGAGGCCCAUUAAGCAAAAGAGAAAGCUUCGGAUCUUCAUAUCAAACACCUUUAACCCCGCAAAGCCAGAUGCUGAGGAUGGAGAAGGCACAGUUGCAUCAUGGGAGCUACGUGUCGAGGGGCGUCUGCUGGAAGAUACUGCCGUGUCCAAGUAUGAAGCCACCAAACAGAAGCGGAAGUUCUCCUCUUUCUUCAAGUCUCUGGUGAUUGAGUUGGACAAGGACCUGUAUGGUCCAGAUAAUCACCUUGUGGAAUGGCACAGGACUGCCACCACCCAGGAGACUGAUGGCUUUCAGGUGAAGAGGCCCGGUGAUGUUGGUGUUCGCUGCACCGUCCUGCUGAUGCUAGAUUACCAGCCCCCUCAGUUCAAGCUGGACCCCCGGCUGGCUCGUAUGCUGGGUAUCCACACCCAGACCAGACCUGUCAUCAUUCAGGCCCUGUGGCAGUAUGUCAAGACCCACAAACUCCAAGACCCCCAUGAGCGCGAGUUCAUCAACUGUGACAAAUACCUGCAGCAGAUCUUUGAGACUCAGCGAAUGAAGUUCUCUGAGAUCCCGCAGCGCUUGCAUGCACUCCUGAUGCCCCCAGAGCCCAUCAUCAUCAACCAUGUGAUCAGUGUGGACCCUAAUGACCAAAAGAAGACUGCUUGCUAUGACAUUGAUGUGGAGGUGGACGACACGCUGAAGACCCAGAUGAACUCCUUCCUGCUCUCCACAGCCAGUCAGCAGGAAAUAGCCGGACUGGACAACAAGAUCCAUGAAACCAUUGAGACCAUUAACCAGCUGAAGACCCAGAGAGAGUUCAUGUUGAGUUUUGCCAGAGAUCCUCAGGGCUUUAUCAACGACUGGCUGCAGUCCCAGUGCAGAGACCUCAAGACCAUGACGGAUGUGGUCGGAAACCCAGAAGAAGAGCGAAGAGCAGAGUUUUACUACCAGCCGUGGGCUCAGGAGGCAGUCUGUCGCUACUUCUACUCCAAGGUUCAGCAGAGGCGACAGGAGCUGGAGACGGCGCUCGGCAUCAGGAACACCUAAAGAGAUUUAUCCACAGAGACGUGCUGUGCUGUCGGAGACGACUAAUGUGUGAGCGUGUGGGAUGUUCAAAAUUAAUUCCUCCCACAGUUUUCUGACAAACUUAGAGAGAGACAUAGAUACUAGAUGGCUUUACCAUUAUAUAGGAUGUCCUUUUGUUGUUUUUAUCUUCACCCUGCAGCUCGACUACUUUUGCAGUUUGGUUGCUACUUUUUUUGUAUAAUUAUUUUUUGUCCUCACACCAGAGCUACAGUGUAUUUUCGCUGGCAUGUCUGAGCCUUUCCUGGAAGCAUUCCUUAAAUUUUCGAUACAUUAUGCCCACACAAAAGUACAGAUUGUACACAAAUGAAAAAGUAGAGGGAAACUUUUAAUGUAUUUUGUCCCUGAAUCUAAAAAUACCUUAAAUCAGAUGGAAUGUGUUGGUUCUGCCUUGGCCCUUUGUUCCCUUCUUUGGAAAGUAAAUUUACAUUUUACACUCCCAGCCCGGCCCCCGUAUGCUCGCCCAUUCAGUUAGAUAUUGAUUGUGAUUGUGUUUGUAAUCAAUCAGGCUACUUGACUGCACAUUGGCUGUUCAAGUGUCACUUUGUCUUAAGCUCUCGUUGGUCUGUUUUGACAGUUUGUGCCACAGUUCGGUGUACGAGAGACGUUUGAAAGCUCAAUCAUGGCAGAAUAUACAUCUUUUGUUAAAGGGUGCCAUUUAGUAUGAAGUUUUCCUUUUUUUUCUUUUUUUGUUAUUAUCAAUGAUUCUUGUUUUUAAAAAUAUGUAUUAUAUCAGUACUUGUCUUGUUAGCUAGUACAGAUUAUCAAGGAAGUAGCUAGUAUGAGUACCUCUAGUCUAUAUAGUUUUGUAAAUACUGAGCAGAAAAAAAACUGAAGAUGGAUGUGAAGUAAAAUUGUAUCUCUUAUCCUGGCAGAUGUUUUUCUUAACUCUUUGUCUACGCUCAGAUAGUUGAACCAGUAUUUAUAUUAUUAAUCAGCCCUCGCUGUCAGAGCACAGUGACUUAGUUCUCCUCAACAUAAAGACGUCACGUUUGACGAAUCACUGCUCUGCGGGAUGAAAUGUACACGACUUUCAUGUCGCCUGCAAGCGGGUGAAAAGUUAAAUAUUCUGCUUUUUAGUUUUGUGUAUUUUUGAUUAUGUACAGAGAAGCCAUAAACACGAUUUAAAGAGUCGUAGCUUCUUCGUACACUGGCUCAACACCUUGUUGAGUUUAAUAGUUGUUUCCCUGUUGAAGGUAAAAAUGAGUGUCCUGGCUGAAACUUUAGCGUGUGUGCAUUUAAUUAACGAAUUCCAAGAAUACACUAAUGUGGGUUUGGGCAGGUACAUGAUUUGAAACAAGCGAUGGGAACCUCUGGGGUUUAAAACAGGACACUGGGGGACUGUAGUAGUAUUUGAAUCUGCAGACUUUUUCAUGGACCAAACCUAUUUUUCUGUAUGUUCUUAUGUUAUAAUAAAGGAUAUGUAAAAUGUA